AUGACGUUCCUUCUCCUUCUCGGCCUCCUGGCCACCAGCAUCUCCUCCGUUACGGCGCAGACCUGGACGAACUGUAACCCGCUGAACGUGACCUGUCCCCCUGAUCCAGCUUUGGGUACCAAUGCCACCUUCAAUUUCACAUCUUCGCUUGACGACAAGAUUUGGAAUAUCACAAACGGUGCCAUUGAUUACACGGACAAAGGUGCAGAGUUUUCUAUCGCCAAAAGACUGCAGUCGCCGACGGUCCAGUCCAACUUCUACAUCUUCGGCGGCAUUGUCGAGUCCAUCGUGCAGGCCGCCCCAGGUCGAGGUAUCGUCAGCAGUGUGGUCCUGCAAUCUGACGAUUUGGAUGAGAUUGAUUGGGAGUGGGUGGGAUACGACACCACCCAUGUUCAGUCCAACUACUACAGCAAGGGCGUCGCUACUUAUGGUCGUGCGGAAUUCCACGAGGUCAACGGCAGCGCUACAACCGGCUUCCACAACUAUACCACGUACUGGACACACGAGAAGCUGGAGUGGUGGAUUGACGGGCAGCUCCAGCGGACGUUGACCUACGAUAAUGCUACCAACGGAACGACAUUCCCCCAGACCCCUAUGAACAUCCGAUUGGGUGUCUGGCCUGCAGGCGAUCCUAAGAACCCGAUAGGUACUAUCGAAUGGGCUGGCGGCGAGGUUGACUACGAAGCUGGACCUUACAACAUGUACAUCCAGCGGGUGCGAGUACACGACUUCUCCACCGGCAAGGAAUACAAGUACACGGACCGCAGUGGCACCUGGGGGAGCAUCGAGACUGUGCAGGGUAACUCCACCAUUGAAAAGGAGAUCAAUAAGCCGCCAGCAGAGUCAGUGAGCCAGAAAUGGGCCAAGCUGCCUAGCGGUGCCAAAAUCGGCAUUGCCUGUGCCAUUGCUGGCGUUGGCGCAUGCGCGCUUGGCCUUUUCGCCUUCUACUGCGUCAAGCAGCGACGAGCUGGUCGCGCUGAGUAUAACUUGGAGAACAGCAAGUUUGACACUAACAGGACGGAGAUGUCGAACUUCCAGUCGCAAUGGAGGCAAAGUGGAUACCAGCCUGUCCGUAAUUAG